UUGUCUGCCAGCAAGUUUGCAGCAUGAACAAAUUCAACUCUUCUCUGGUCACCUUCAGCAUCUCCUCCACUCCUGAUCAUCCAUCUACUGCCUCAUGGGUCUCCAUCCGUUUGGUCCCAGCGGUGGUGCUGUCCAUCUGCUUCCUGCUGGGAGUUCCUGGGAAUAUUGCUGUGAUCAUCCUCAAACCAAACUGGCAGCACCUGUCCAGUCUGAGUCAGAGUCUGAUGCUGAAUUUGGCCAUAUCAGAUCUGAUCUGCCUGCUCCCCCUGCCUCUGUGGAUUUACACUUUACUGUACAGCUGGACUCUCGGCCUGGUGGCCUGUAAGCUCCUCACGUAUUUCAUGUUGUGCAGCCUCUAUGCUUUCGGUGACAUUGCUGAGUGUCCAGCGCUACCUACAGGUGGUGCACCUGCAGAAAAUGUUUGAUCGUGUAGGAAAGAGGAGGCUUCUGGUUCUGCUCUGGCUGGUUACCAUGAUCCUGUCUAUUCCUGCUUUAGUGAUCCGACAGGUGAUCAAAGACCAGCAUAGGACA